AAUGUGCUUUGUUUCGCGCUUCGUCGUUUUUUCAUAUUUAAACCCGCGUAGAGGACACAAGUUCUUGAUUUUUACAUGGAACUUUUGUGUUAUUGUGUUGAAAUAGAUAAACCGAGAUAUUUCUUCUCAUCUAUCUGCGGAGGCGGGAUAUGAGAGAGGAAACGGAACUCUGUUUUGUCGCUUUGUUGUGGAUCUUCAGAUAUUCACGUUCAGUAUCGAUCGUGUUACGGUACAAGAUUCCAAACUAUAGUUUUUCAAUUAUAGUUUUUAGUAAUUUAUUCGAAUAGUAUUUCACCAAUAAGUAAAUUAUACAUGUGAUAAGAUUAGAGACACGACGCAUACAAUGCAGAAAAAAGUAACAAUCGUUGCGUUAACAUCGAGUGACAAUGAAAAUUUGAUAAUUUAUCCGCGAUCACUGAAAUCUCGUAUCUAUCACAUCUUGAAAAAAUUGAUACAGAGACAAGUCACUUUGACACAGCCGAUCAUACAGAUCAUAAUAUUAGCGGCGAUCUGCAUUAUCACGUUGUUAACAUUAACAAAUCUAGUGUAUACGAAGACAAACACAGAGCCGGCCACAUCGCUGAGGUAUGCAUCGUCUGUGUUCGUUGAACGUAUUCCCGCGUCUAGAACAAUGUUCUCGCGAGUUACGAUAUCGUCAGAUCAAAUGGAGAACGUUAGGCAGGAAUUUGAUAAUAGAAGACGAAAAGUGGCACGCAUGUGCGACAUAAUCGGUAUGAAGACAUCGCACCUGAAUACUACGCUGAUGCAUAUGGUUAUCGAUGUGAAGCACAACCUGUCAUGGUGUCCCAUACGUAAGGCGGCGAGUUCUACGUGGAUGAAUAAUUUCAUUCUUAUGCAAGAUAUUCCGCCGGAUUUUAUUGUGGAUUUAAUGCGCCGCAAUUGGCUACGAAGCACUGAUGUGAUAAGACAGAAGUUUCAGCAAAAUAUGAAUGUUACUAAAAUCUACGAGAAUAUGAACAGAACGAAGACAUUUCUGAUUGUGCGACAUCCAUUGGAGCGUCUAUUGUCCGCAUACAGAGACAAGUUCGAGCACGUGCGGAAUCAUGAGCAUUACUACAAACGUUUUGGCCAACGUAUUGUGCUCAAAUAUCGUCAAUCGAAUAUAACGAAAUUAGAACCAACGUUUGAGGAAUUUCUGCUGUUCAUAAUCAACGAGAGAUAUUUUGACGAACACUGGAUGCCGUAUUAUCGCUUCUGCAAGCCUUGCACGAUCCAUUAUAAUUACAUUCUCAAAUUCGAGACACUGGACAGGGAUCAGAAUUUUUUGAUUCAGGACAUGAAUCUGAACAAAUAUUUACACGAAAAAAACAAUGUACAAAAUAUGAAUCCUCGCGGUACGACUACUAGACAGGUACUUGACAACUAUAUCAAAGAUAUACCACAAUCGCUCCUCCAUGAGAUUUACAAAAUUUAUGAAAAUGAUUAUAAACUAUUCGAUUAUUCAUUUAAUAUUUUUUAAUGUUAUCUGUAUUUCACUUAUAUCGUUUAUAGGCAACUAUUACAGAUUUAUGCGUAAUGAGUGAUAAAAAAAUAUUAAAUCUUUAUGAAAAUUUUGCUU